UCGUCGCGGCCCAGUCGCUGAGUGUGCGAAGACGAUCGCGGUUCGUCUUUUUUCCGUUCUCAAAUCUCGCGAGGUCGCCUGCUCGCAGUUGUGCCGUGUCAUCAAUCAAAGAAGAUUUUUUAUUAUUCCGAGUGGUUCGUCUGGAGGUCAUUAUUGAUAAUUAUUGCCAACAAAGACUGACCGUGCCGGCAACAGCGCAGCAGUGUAAAUACGUAACACCCACCUCUCACCACUUAGUCGAACGAGGGGGUGGAAAGCGCCCGGGAAAACAAACGGGAUGGGUCUCCUGUACAAAAUCCGCAUCCGGCUGAUCAACUUUGUCGUGUUCUUCUUCCUGGUGGUCCUACUGCCGGGACUUCCACCGAAGACCACUUUUCCCUUUGAAGGGUUCAGCAUACCGCCGCUAAAGGAGCUAAAGGGUGGCCUGGAACCGAACAACCACCUGGACAACGCCGAGCGGUUGUUCGAGGGUAAACUGUACGGCCCGGAGGCCAUUCUGGUGCGGGGUAAGGAAAUAUUUACCACCGUCCACGGUGGCGAGGUGGUCCGCAUCAUUGGUCAGCACAUCACGCACGUGGCCAAAUUCGGCAAACCAUGUGAAUCAACCGCCGAAGAGGACGUCUGCGGUCGUCCGUUGGGAUUGGCAUUCGAUACGCAAGGGAACAACCUGAUUGUGGCCGAUGCGUACUACGGCAUCUGGUUGGUGGAUCUUACUAACGGCGAUAAGUUCCAGCUGGUUUCCAGGGAUACGGUUCUGGAGGGCAAGGGAGUCAACCGGAAGCCUCGGCUGUUCAAUAGCGUAGCAGUGGCCAAGAAUGGAGACAUCUACUGGACUGAGUCGACGUCCGAUUUCGAGCUGAUGGACGGAGUUUUCAGUAUUUUCGCUAAUCCGUCUGGUCGAUUGUUCCACUACGAUAGGAAAACCCAGAAGAAUACUGUCCUACUGGACCGUCUGUACUUCGCCAACGGAUUGGCUCUGAGUCCAAAUGAAGACUUUGUGGUCGUUGCGGAAACCAUGUCCGGAUUGCUCCACCGGUAUUAUCUGAAGGGACCCAAGGCCGGUACGGAUGAUACUUUUGUUGACGGAUUGCCUGGACUGCCGGAUAACCUGAUUGCCAACGAGGACGGUUUGUGGGUGCCACUGGUUAUGGCCGCCGAUGAGGAGAAUCCUUCGAUCACCCGUCUGUUGUCCCGAGUUCCGUUGAUCCGUAAAUUCUGCUCUCGGAUGAUGUCCGUCGCUGAGAUGCCAUUCCGUAUCCUGCACCAGGUGUGGCCAAGUGUCCACAGCCAGCGCCUUCUGCAUGCAAUUGGCCACUUUGAGACUAUGAGAUUCCUCGUGGCAGAUCGUACCACUCUGGUGCGUUUGGACUGGAAUGGAAACAUCGUCGGAUCGCUGCACGGGUUCGACCGGUCGGUACAGUCGGUAUCGCACGUUGCCGAAAUGGGCGAUUACCUGAUCAUGGGAUCACCAUACAACAAGUACCUGGCCCGAGUUCCGAUCCCGAAGGUGCCGAAAAUGCGCGUUCAAAACGUGCGCUACGAAUCGGCUACGGAGGGAAGCAAGAAGCCGGAGGCACCGACUACCACUACGGCCAAGCCUACCACUACCACUACGACAACGACGACUACUACGACUCCAAAGCCAACUACCACGACCACAACCACCAAAAAACCAGUGACCACUACAACCACCACUACCACAACCCCUAAACCAACCACCACUACAACCACCCAGAAACCAACCACGGCGAAGCCGGUGACCACUACUCCCAAGCCAAGCACAACAACGGAGAAGCCUGCUCCGAAACCAACCACCACCACCACCACAACCCCUGCUCCGCCCAAGAAGCAGGAAGCUCCUAAACCGGCUACCGAAAAGCCAGCUCCCGCCGUGGAGAAGCCAACUCCCGUGACGGAGAAACCAGCUGCCACCACGGAUGCUCCCGCCAAAAAGAAGGAAAAGAAGAAGGAGAAGGCCACGCCAACCACCACGCCGGCUCCCGCUCCGGAGCGGGCCGCGGAACCGGCUCCCAUCCACGAGAAGAUCCCCAACGACACCCCGAAGCCAAAGCAGGAGAAACUGAAGGUGAUCAAGAAGGGCGGCGAGCAAGGUGAGCUCUAAAGUCGGCCCGGGGGGCGAACAAGGAAUGCCUCAGCCCUCUAUGAGCAGUGAGUAGGAACACUAACAAAUUCGAGAGAUGGGUGAGUUUCCGAAAGAAAACGCACAAUCAUUCUUUUGCGUCCAUUGGUUUCCAAAGCUUAUUUUGAUUUCGGUUGGGGCGUUAAAGGCAUUUGCAAUCGAAGAGAGAACGCGCGCGGCAGCUAAUCCUCUCUGUUACUCCACACAACAUUCUACUUCACAUUCGAUCGUCGUGGUCAUUGCGUGUACUCUGUGGUGCAAUGUGCGAUGAUAGGUCUCUCUGACCCUUCUAGUUUUGUUUUUCUAUCAGCUUAAGUCCUAUUAAUUUAUUAAUUAAAAUCAUUUGUUGCGUACUCAAUGCGACCCUAAAAGUGGUUCUUCCCUUUUUAUUACUCUAUUGGUAUGACCCCGAUUCAAAAUCAUUCAAUUCGCAAUUAGGUGUUAGGAACGAGUUUAGGCCAUUGGAAAUAUUAUCAUAGGUGAAAGUGCUAUUGCAAAUCGUGAACUAGUAUGACUACAUUAGAAAUUCGGUUAGAAAUUAAGCUCCAAAGUGAAUCGUUCUUUCCAUCCAAUGCCUUCUUGAUGUUUCCAUGUUUUUUUUUCGCACUAGUAGUAAUAAAGGCAAGGGAACGGCGCGUUUCCGGCGCGGAAAAUUACGAGCGGCACACUAAGGAACUCCUACUUUAACUGAUAAAUCUGCCCUAGGACUAUAAGAACCUUAUAGUGAUCGAGAUAGUAAACUAAUUAUUGAAACAAAGGGAAAGAUUUGGAAAAAGA